AUUCUUGGAGACAGAGCAAGUUUGAACAUGUGUAUGCAAGAAAAAUUUGACAUAGCUAGAUUGUUUAUUUUAAAAGGAAUGUUUCGUUUUCCGUUUUAACAAUGCAUUUUUGCAAUUUUUUAAAAUGAGAUGACCGGGUCCUUCACAUUUUAAUACACAACUGUUGUGAAAAUGUCAUCUUCAGAGGACCCCAUAUUUGUGGGGCUGGACCAGAAAUUUGACAAGGUCCUGGCAGAUAUGAAACCACAUGUACUUAAACUACCUCACAAAACAGAUCGCCAGAAGUGUGCCAUUUGGAUUAAGAAGUUAUGCGAGCCUGUGACCGGAAUAACUGGAAGGAAAAAUAGGAAUGCCUAUGCCCAGCUAAUGCUUCACAUGUUAAAGAGAGGGGUGUUAGAAGGUCCAUUCACAAGUAAACCUCAGGAGGGACCACUGCCAACCUUGCCACCAUAUAUGUCUAUUUAUUUUGAUGAGCCUUCAGAUAAAGGAUCAGAUGAUGAGAAGGUGCCUGAUUGGGUGGCAGGCGAGCUAACAAGUUCUGUUGGAUCAUCCCUCUUCCGUUCCAACAUUGGAAACCCUGCUGCAUCAUCAACCUGGAAGUCGGGGUUGUCUCCCAUUCGUUACGAGUCUUCACCUAGAAGGUACUCCUCUAAAAUACCUGUUCCAAAAAGUCCGACAUCACCCAGGCGUCCUCAUACUAGUCUCGGAUUUGACCUAGAUAAAGCCCCUGGGUUGACCUCCCCUACGCGGGGCCUGGAGCAGCCAGAGUUUGUCGGCACUGCAUACGACGACAGUUUCAUAGACUUCCGCAAACCUACAAUAAAGACUGCUCAUUUCCUGCUUGACGACAAACCUAAAUUUGAUUUGCUUGAUGGUGACAAGAAAAAGACUACAAUGUUUAGCACAAAGCCUCCAGAAGAAGACCUGAGUCAGCCCUCGCCUCCUUACACCAAGACCACCAGUAACUUAUUCGGCAGCACUGGGGCAUCAACCACAUUUUUCAAUGACCAGUCAAGGGAUCUAGAGAAAGAUAAUAUUCAGAUGAGAACAAAAAUGCUUGAAGCCCGGUUUCAUGAAGAAAAGCUUCGACUUCAGCAAAAACAUGACUCAGCAGUUCAGAAGAUUUUGGACAGAAAGAAUACAGAGAUAGAGGAUCUGAAAUCCAACUACAGAACAAAAGCCAAAGAUCUGGAGGAAACCAUCGGAAAACUGGAAAGGAAAAUUCAAAAUAUAGGAAAGGAUUCCCAGCAGGUGAUAGAAACAAAAGAUAAACAGAUCACAGAACUCAAACGAAUGCUGGAAGAAUCUACAGAGGUCCGCAAUAACCAGUUUGAGAAAAAGAUGAAUGACAUGAUAGCUGAAUUUGAACAAGAGAAGUUUGAGAUGCAGAAACAGCACACCAAAAACAUACAGGACAUUUUGGAUGACACAAACACAAGGUUACAGAAAAUGGAGAAGGAGUAUGGGCAGCAGACGGCAUCCACGGCCUCCAUCAUCAAAGACCUGGAGGGGCGGGUCCAUCAGCUGAUGACUGAGGCGGACAAGAACACCAAGGCCAGACACACCCUGGAGAAAAACAAGAUGGAGGCAGAGACAAAGCUGGAACGGAGCUCCCAGGACCUGCAGGAUCUCAGAGAAAGGUACAGUAAUCUGGAAAAGGAAUACCAGAGAACCGUGGAGACCAGUGAACAGGAAAUGAGAACCCUCAAAAACAAAAUGGAGGCCAGUCUGGAGUUUAUGAAACAGGAGCACAACAUUGCAUCUGCCAAAGCCUCUGAUUCAAUAUCUGAACUUGAGCAGUCCCUUGAUCAGUACAAACGUUCCCUGAAAGAUGCAGAGGAACAGCGCCAGAGACAAAUGAGGGAAUUGGAACAAAAUCACCAACAAGAUAAACUGCAUUUGGAAAAUCUCCAUGAUAAACAGCUUUUCUUGUUUCCUGCAAUCAGACUUCAAGUCAGAAAGUUUUCAGACGAAAUUCUGGUUUCCAAUUUACAAACAGUGAGAGGCUUGAGAAAUGAAAUGGAACAAGCUGAUCAGGACAACCAGAAAAAGAUCAAGAAAUUGGAAGAAGCCAUCAGAGAUAAAGAGGAUGAAAUCAAGCGACUCCAGGAAUUGAACAAGAAUCAGCUGAUGCAGUCAGAGAAGUCACUGGAGGAGUUCAAGCUACAGGUGGAGAAGAACCAGACCAGGAUGUAUGAUGAAAUGAAACAACAGAUGGAAAGAGUUGAAACUGAUUUGAACAAGUCAAAGCAAGCAAGGGAAAAACAAAGUCGAGAAUUUUCAAAACAGAUUGAAGAAGAAAGAAAUCAGCAUGAAAGAAAGACAGUGGAACUGAAGAUGGCCUUGGAGCAUGAGAAAGCCCAGAUGUUGAAGGACUUCCAUACACAGAAGGAGAUUGUUAUAUCUGAGCAUGAGAAAGAGAUGGACAACCUCAAAGAAACUCACCAGAAUGAGCUGUAUGAGCUCAAGUGUCGAAUUCAGGAGAAACAAGACAAAGACACCAAGAAAAUAACGAAGUAUGAACUACAGAUUCAGGAGCUGAGGGAGGAAGUGGUGCAGGCCAACCAACUCCGCAAACAGCAGCUGGUGGAGCUCGGACUUCUCCGUGAGGAGGAGAAGCAGAAAAUGCUCCGGGAACACGAGAAUGAGGUAACAAAGUUGCGCUCUGAGAUGGAGCAACAGAGAUUGGAUCUACAGAAAACUCACAGCACAGAGUUAGAGAAAAUGCUAGAAAAGACAAAUUCCAGACUGAAGGACAUUGAGAGAGAAUACAACGAGAGGGGACAGAAAGCCACAGAGACAAUAGGGGAACUCCAAGCCAAUAUCAACCAUCUUAGAGAGGAGAUCAAAAGGGUCCGAGAUGUUGGGGAGAAGAAAUGUCAGGACGUGUCACAGCGGUAUGAAGAUGAGAGGAAAUCAGUCAAGAAGCAGUACAACUGUAAUAUGGAUAGUCUUCAGCGUGAGAUCGAGUCCCAGCAGUCACGGAACAGGCAGCUAGAGCGCAGGCUAGAACAAAUGGAGGCUGAUCAUGAGGAAAAGAUUACACACUUGAAGUUGUCGUUUGAGGAGAAGCUUAGAGGACUUGUUCCAUCAUCUGUUAGACAGGAGCUUGAGGAUACAAUUGGUUCCCUGAAAUCCCAGAUUAACUCUCUUCAACAAAAGACAUUAAUACUUCAGGAGGAGGUGGAUCUCAAAAACAAGUACCCCCUCGGCCAGUUCGCGUCCAGUUCCCCAAUCAAAGCUGUAUGAUGAUUGGACAACUGGAAUAGUUGCAGAGAAGUUUAAAUACAGGGAAUUUCAGGCCUGCAGUAUUAUGUCCAAAAAUCUUUUUAUAGAUGGCCUUUUCUGAGUUUUUAUUUUCUCAGUGUCUGUUAACAGGAUUUCUGAUUUGACUGUGCUGAUGACAAAAAUUUGACUGUGAUAUUUUUACGCAAUGGCUUAAUACAUGUUCAUGUUUAGAUUCUCCUUUUCAUUGCUCUGUUUAUUCCUUUUUUGGCAAUAUUUCACUGACAUGUUUAAUGGUACUCGGAGACAGAAACCUAAUUAUAUGUACAUGUAAAACGCAUUCCAUAUAUCUUAACAUUCCAGAUUGAAAUUUACAUUUCCUACAUAAUUUCAUAUGAACAUUUUGACAUUUUUUUAUGCAAAUGCCUACAACAAUGAUUGUGUAAUUAAUAUCAAAUCAUGGCAAAUAUUCUUGUAAAGCAGUUUAUGGUAGGAAUAUGCAUAUCAAUACUGCAAGAAGGGGGAUUCUUUUUGUGGUAGAAAUUACAACAAGUCAUGCUCCAACAUCUGUUACUUUCCUUCCCAAAACUAAAAGUGUUUUGAAUUGACAAUAAAUUAUGUCUAUUUUAUUUUAAAUGUUUUAUCAGACUAUUUAUUCCAAAUUGUAUCAAUUCAGAUAGUGUUUUAUCUUAAAAUGAAUUUAAAUCUUCCCUCAGAUUUUUAGAAAUAGUCAUCUUUAAGUUAGUUUUUAUUAUGCAAAAGAGGGUUGAAAAUUAAGUAGAUAAAAUAUAAUCAUAAUGAAAUAUUAUUUUGUAUCAAUUUUAUUAUAAUGUACUAGUUUUACAGGGUACCCAUUUAAUAAUAUUCAAAAUUUAUUCAUUACAGCUUGAUGUAUCCCCUGAGUGAUUCAAUCUUGAUUUUGGUUAUGCAAUGUCAUAAAUGUGUAAAUUUACAUCAGUCUGUAAGAAUACUCAAAAUGAAAAUAGGAAUAUGGUUGUAGAUGCUACAUAUAUUGACUUAUCUAUCUGAACAUAGUUUUAGUAUUUCCACCCUAAAUAUUUUAUAUACUACUGUACGACUUUGAUUGUUUGUGUGUUUUAUCAUUCAUUACACAUUUUAACACCUAAAGAGAUAGGUUGUCUUGUUGUCUAAUUUAAAUUUAUUUUGAUGACCCAAAAGUUAUUGGUCCCAUCCUCUCUUACUGUUUCCUAACUUGUGCAGUGAGUUCAUUAACCAUGCGCUCCAUUGUAUUCAAUGUUGUUAAUGUUAUGUUUGUUCGAGUAAAAUCCAUCAUGUUAAUUAUGUAUAUGUUUAUUUAAUUUAUACAUUAAAUUAUGUUCAAUGUC